AUAUAUCAAACACGAGAGAGCGUGUUUUACCACACCAUAUUUCCGAACACCGUGAGUUGAAAAUACAACGCGUAGUGGAGUAUUUUUGACAAAUCUCGAGAUGCUUGGAAAUGUUGAAAUUAAAACACUGUCUCAAGAGUUUGAUACAUUUUCGCAAUCGAAACUUAAACUCAGGAGAAAACACAGAAACAAAAAUCUAUGUUACUUAAGAUCAGAUAUCCAAACACCGUCACAGUUUGUCUAAACUUGAUGGAUUAUUAAUCAAUUUGAGAAAUUAUCUUAAUAAGUAUUGACUGUUCCUGAGGCAACACCUUUUUUUGUAUUUUUUUGAUAGUAUCCAGAUUUCUUGUGAAGAAUCGCAUGUCAGUCAUACAUAGCAAUUCCCCCGCGAGUUAAUUGAUGUCAGUGAGUCGAUCUGAGAAACUGAGAGCGCGCACUGUUUAUUCUUUAGGCAUGAUCCAGUGGUUGAUUUGUGAAAACAUAUAAUAUCGAUAUCAACUGAUUAAUUGAAUGGUUUGUUUCGGCCAUAAUACUCGAAAAAGCGGGUACGCCAUCCAAGGGACCUUCUCUGAAUUAAUAUUGGGAGCCUUCUUCCCCUUGAGUAAAUCAGAUGGCGAGUUACAAUCAAUAACCACUGAGAAUAUAUCAGCCAGUAAUCAAUGAGAGUAUAUCAGCCACAUCAGGUACGAAGUUCGGUUGGCUUCGAUGGCUCACGGAGCACGUUGUUCGGAUUGAGCGGUUUAGGUUUCAGCGCUAGCCGGGCUACCUCAACAUUCCUAGUCAUUCAAUGCUGCAGAAACUGAAGCCCGGUCUGGCCUGGAAAACUUUCUUGUCUUGAAGACAAACUUUAACCAAAUUCCUCUUGCUCUUUGAUGAAAGAUCAAUUGAGUGACCUAAAACAAAAACCCGAACAAUUACGAUGGCAAUCACAGCAAACGAAAACAGCUCAAUAAACCAAUAAGAACUCGAACUCAACACACGUGAUACUAGCGCCAAGCGCGGGAAACCGCGUCAGACGAAGAGUCGCGAAUGGUUUUGUUUGCGUCUGAUUGGUUGAGCAGGUGGUGCCACUGGCGCUAUCGUUGUUUACCAUUUACCCAAAAAUUCCGGACAUUUCGGUCAGAAUGUAAUUGGUAAGACAAUUUUGGCUCGACAGAUCGGAGAAUUUUUUGAAGUAAACGUGGAACGUCUUGAAACGUAGUCUAAAAUUGCCAGCCGAAAUAUCCGAGUGGAAAUGUGCUUACCAUUUGCAAUUCUUCACCGCCAUCUUGGAAUUAUGAUUAGGCCGAACUCGUCCUAGUCUCUCUCGGUAAAUUAGGGUUUGUAAAAGGUAAAUGGUAAAUGGCCAAUCUGAACGGAACUUACCAUCAGGUAUUUUUGCUUUCCAUUUGCACAAACAGUUGACGAACCGGUUUCUCCCUGUAAAAAGUAAACAACCGAGGCUUCUUGAACUAAUCGUAUAAUGGCGUAGAGUGGUUUUCAAUUGUAACUCAGGGAAAAAAUUGCUCGGGUUUUGCUUUGCCACACUCUAUGAUCAGUUAUAAAAACUUAUACAGCUCCUAGACCAUGAAUGAUACUCAUUAAUCCGGAGAUGACAUUCCGGCUAGAUAUGAACUCACAGAGGUGGUUUCCGAAUAAUAUACACCACCAUAUGUUUUCUUGUAAUUUGGUUCAAAUAAUGCUGGCCCGGGCUCAAAGUAAUCUAUUACAAUCUUGUCUAGCUUGGACCACCCAUACGUAUUUCAGUACCCUUCUAGUAUUUAUGCAUUCUUUCUCUUUUUAUUCUACAUUGAUAAACCAGGUUCGUUCCACUUACAUGCACCUAAGUUUGCAUGUGACGAAAAACGAAUUUUUCUAGUUGAUAUGAUUUCUUAUUUUCCCUGCGGAAUGUGCGAAACCACUUUUUCCUUUGUUUGUUUAUUUUGACCUUUUAGUUGGAGCGUCGUUGACAAGCACAGUAACGCACGUGCUCCACGUUUCCCUGAAACCAAACGUCAAAGCGUCCAAAAAGGUCAAAUAGCUGUUGACAGACACGCCUCCAAACGUUCUCGCUAGUCCAAAUACCUUCAUAUUUUGUCUGCACGCGAUGAUUAUUUCUUAAAAUAGCUUUCAAUGUAGGUGGAUGCAUGCCACGUCUUACGUCAAAUCCUGCGGGGGACCCAUUUUGGAAAUAUGCUGAAGUGUUUGCAUUAAAGAUUUUCCGGCGCAGAAUGGCUUAAAGAUUUAUUUUUAUCUAUCGACUCAGUCAAAUUAACCCUCUGCGAAAGAGCACAUUCUAUAUUCCCUGUCUUCGCAUUAAAUGACUUGGUUCUUUCGUCAGCUUUCUUAUCAUGAAUCUCGUCUGCACGCGAGGUUGCUCCUGAAGUCGAAAUGAAUCUUCUGCUUAAUAGCUUUCAUUUAACACGCGACAGUUUCAUCCACAGACUUGACAGUUAUGAUCGCAUUGCAUAACGGAAGACCUCAUACCACGUAAAAGGGUUGCUUGAUAGCUUUCAAUUGAAUGGACACGCAAAAAAAAAUAGGGUUUCGUCCAGAAAUUUAAAAGUUUAAAUCACCUUACUUGAAAUGCAACAUAAUCAGUACCACAUGAAAGUUGUGCUAAUCAGCUUUCAUUUGAAUGGAAACACACUAGGGUUUCAUUCACAGACUAAAAGGUAGAAGCAUUUUGUACAACAUAAACCCAGCAUCAGAUGCAACGAGUUCAAUCAAGGUCACGUAACAGUGUUUAAGAUUGAAGAUUAAGAGUGAAUGUACUUGACUUGUAUUAUAUGAAUCCGCCAGGCUUAAUUCUCUCAAGAACAUUUCAAGUGUUCACGCGUGGAACAAUUCUUGUGCGUCCUUCUGUACUUAUAAAUGCACCUUCUGCGUUAAAUUGUUCCUCUUUGUGAAUGGAAGGUAACAGAUAGAUAAGGUUUUGGGUGAAUUUCGUUCGUCAAGCUUUGCAUGACUUUCGAUUUUGACCUUAAAGAGCAGCCAUUUCAUGCACAGACCGUGUCACAUUUGAUAUGUUCAGUUGACAGCAGUCCACUUGAAACUGGGUUUUAAAAAGCCAUCACUCCAAUGACGGACAAGUAAUCAAUUUAUUGCAGGGUAAUUUACUCCACUUUCACUCUGCAUAACUAGUAUUAUUUGAUAAAAUACCACUCAUGACAUUCACAAACGACAACAAAACCUCUGGCCAUUGAAGAGAAUUAUGCUUUACUCGGUUCACCCAAAAAUCUGUACAUGUAUGAGACACUUUCAACAAAGUAAGUGCAGGAAUGACUUAAGCCUGAAACUAAGACUGAAACCCAACAGAAAUUACUGUUUCGUUCUUUUGCCAUCAAAGACAUUUGAUUUUCACAUUUUUACGGAUAUCGCAACUUUACUCGAAAUUUGUCUUCACUUGUCUCAGAUUCAUUCACGGAGAAUGUGUAAAGCUUCAUAUAUGGAAAUGCCACUCAAAUGUCCAACAGAUAUUUUGUAAAUCAGAUAAUCGGGAUAUCUUGAGGAGAGAAUCGUUUUAAUUUGGACAUAAAGUGUCACCUCCAUGCUAUCUGAAUAAUUCUAAGCUUGUACCAGAGAAAACAUUUUGAGGAAAUGUGAUCUUGAGAAAACUGACUAGCCAUCGAUUUGAUAAGGGUUUGAAGUGUACACUGCAGCAAAAUCACGAAACAACAUUUGUGAUUUGAAAGAACAUUUCGUUUCAAUAGAAUAGAGCACCAAACAAAGCGAUUCUUGUGCCUCAGAUUUGUACUGAAAUUACGAAAGAGAAAUCUGGAUUUUUGCAGCAAAGUCUAGAACAUUGUAAAGAUGGCAGACAUAUUUCAAGAUUGUUGACCUUAGCCAACAUUAUCAGAAAUUGACAGCCUUGCACGACGAGAGAAACUGCAUAUAUGUUUUUAAAAAUCCUGGCCUUUGCAGGUCUAUUGACAAACAUAUUCAGUUAUUGGACAACGUCUUACAAUUUCAAUGUCUUCAUUUACGGAUAUCAUAUGGUUGAAUCGUUCCAUCCAGAAACCGGGGUAAAGUAACUUGCAAUAAUAUUAACUGGCAACAACCUUUCAGAUAGAUCAUAGAAUUUAUUAGAGAAAAAUUCCGCAUUUAAUUCAAGAAAAUGCUAUAGAGAAUACUUGUGUAUUGAUUAGACCGGAAACGGAAGAGAGGAAGUUUGUAGUUAAGGUAAACAUUGGAUAAAAAUACAUUGCUAUACUCCACUCGACACGAACCUGCAAUAUGUUUCCAAAAAAUUGGACCUAUAAUUGAUGAUUUUGUGUCAAGACUCAUUAUCUACUUAGUCUGUCAGUCUGCCAAACUUCGCCAAUUAAAAGACACUACAAAACUAAAAGACAUUGACAAAGUGGGAUUGCAUGUCCAUAUCAAAUAGUCGCCUGAAACCAUGAGGUCUACAUCCUGAUAUAAUUAGCUUGCAUUCCAAAGUGCGUUGUUCAGUUGACGGAUCUAGUGGUUUUAAGCGUAAUUGGAAUAACUGGGACCACGGUUCUAAGAGAUAACAGAAUCGCGACGGCAACACCCACUUCACUCCUACAAACGAUAAACGAGCAGGAAUCUUCCAUCAAAAGUUGACAACAACCAACUGUUCGAAAGCUCCACAGUUUGACCACUGUUCCUCUGCAUGCAGGCGAAAGGGAAGCCGAAUUAUUUGAAGUGUAUGAACUGAGUGAUAUUUCCUGGAGCAGUGGAAAUAGAAGGUCAGCAAUCAAACAUUCUGCGGUCGUUUAUCCCAGAUGAGGAUCGCAAUAACAACCGAGGAAAAUACGGGAAGUGACGGAAGAUGAGAAAUAUAUAAAAUAAUAGCUUGGUUUAACUAAAAGCGUUUACAGUUAUAAGUUCCAUCUAUAACCUACAAAGUAACCACAAUCAUGGCAAACGAUGUCUUACAGUUAUGGCUGCUCCUUACAAUAGGCCUGUCUGUGAUAUCGUUUAGAUCAGCGGAAGGAGCGACCACGUUUUCCUUUCUCAGAAAAAAGCCCGACCGGGACUGUCAGCCCGUCAAACGUGAUUUACUGAGGCAGCAGCUCGGCAGCGCGUACAAUCAACGUUACAUGGCCAUGGACGACGAAGAUCUUUACUACAAAACCAACCAAUCACCGCUCCGGGAUCAAGACCACGUGACCAGACGGAACAUAACCAAGAGAUCAAGCACAAUCAACAUCAAUCAGAUCACCGACCCAACCCCCUGGACGUGUCAGACGAGUACAACCUGGCAAGACUUGGGCCAGGGAUUUUUCCCUCGUCACGUAAGGGCGGUCACGUGCUCGAAUGACAAGUGUUGGUUUGGACAUUUUCAAUGUCGGCCGAAGUUGUAUAAAAUCAAAGUGUUGAAGAAGAAGAUGGGCGUUUGUUUAGAAGUGUCCACCAGCUCGGGGAGCCCUCGUUGGCAGGACUUUUGGGAAGAAGAUGAAAAAGAUAUACCUGUGGACUGCGAGUGUGGCCAUUAAUGAUGAGUUGUAGAUACUAAAUUAACUUAUACUGUUUGUGAAUUGAUAAAUUAUUAAACAUUUUAUUGAACUCA